GCACGCGCGCACACGCACACACGGUGAGUAGAAAAGCCGCUUGCAUGCGCGCCCACGCCUCAGACAGCUCCUGGCAGGUCACGCACGGACACGCGCGGCAUGCGAGCAAGCGGAAAGGCGGCAAAUCAACACAACAGACAUGACGAGGUCAGUGCGGGACGAGCAGACUUUCGGCGACGCUGAAGACCAGCAGGAGCAGCGUAGCCCCACCGCAGGUGGAGGGGCGGAGGAUGAUGAGGAAGAUGAGGAGCAUCACAUGAUGGAGGACGAUGAGGAGGAGGAGGAAGAGGAGGAGGAAGAGGAGGACGAGGACGGGGAGAACAAACCUAAGAGACGAGGGCCGAAGAAGAAGAAGAUGACGAAGGCUCGGCAGCAGAGGUUCAAGGUGCGCCGCAUGAAGGCCAACGCCCGCGAGAGGAACCGCAUGCACGGUCUCAACGACGCCCUGGAGAGUCUACGCAAGGUUGUUCCCUGCUACUCCAAAAGCCAAAAACUGUCCAAGAUCGAGACCCUGCGUCUGGCCAAGAACUACAUCUGGGCCCUCAGCGAGGUCCUGCGCUCCGGCAAAGCCCCCGACCUCAUGGCCUUUGUCCAGGCACUCUGCAAAGGUCUGUCCCAGCCGACCACCAACCUGGUGGCGGGCUGCUUGCAGCUGAACCCUCGCACCUUCCUGCCCGAGCAGACGCCCGACCUGCCCUCCCACCUUCCCCCACCGGGGUGCGCCGCCUACUUCUCCUACCAGAGCCCUGGGCUGACACCGGGCCUGCCCAGCCCCCCUUACGGCACCAUGGACCCCUCCCACAUCUUCCACCAGGUGAAAGGUCAACCCUAUGGCCCAAUGGAGCCCUUCUUUGACGGCGUCCUGGUAUCGGACAGCCCGCCUUUCGACCCGCCCCUCAGCCCGCCCCUCAGCAUCAACGGGAACUUCUCGUCCUCCUUCAAACACGAGGCGGCGUCGGAAUACGACAAGAGCUUCUCCUUCGGCGUACACUACGGCGGAGGGGCCCUCUACGGGGGAGGAGGGUCCAAUCCGCGGUGUGGGGACCUGCAGGUGGACGGCCUGAUGGGAUUUGAGGGACACCCACACCACGAGCGGCUGAUGGGCGCCCCCCCGCUCAACGCCAUUUUCCACGAGUCGUGAGGAUGCCGGAGGAGAGGCGGCCAUCUUGUUUCUCUUUCAGUCCGUAAUGACGUCGCCUCGUGUGUAGCACUUCUGAAUGUCCUCGUGUUCUCCGUUUCGCCAAUCAUCGAGCAAUAACGUGCAGCAAACUAUGCAAUUUGUUCCCGGGGGAGGAGGUUCCAAACGCGGAAAGUCUAUUUUUGAGCGAUCAUCUUGUCUCCAUUUUUCUAAUGUUCUCUCAUGUCCUAGCCUGUCUUCACUUUUCAUGUCCAUACUUUCUAGAUGUUUAUAAAUGACUUUUAUUAAAGGGAACUCCGUGUCCAUGCCAACAUGA